AUGGUAUUUGGAGUUUACACGGGGCCACAACCCCCACCAAAACAAAUGCAUGAGAUGAAUCAAGAAGAGCAAGCCGAAGAAGGAGCACGUAAAAUGAUUGAAUUCAUGCAAUCCUGUCCUGGUAAAACGGCCAUGGCCGGGGUAUCAGGGUUCUUUCUUGGGGGGUUCUUUGGUUUAUUCAUGGCAUCUAUGGCGUACGAUGCUCCAAGUGGUACUAAUGCGGCCAGUCAUAUUAGUCAAUUACCUUUCAAGCAACAGAUGAAAAUUCAAUUUACUGAUAUGGGUAAAAGAUCCUAUUCCAGUGCUAAAAACUUUGGUUAUAUUGGUGCUAUUUACUCUGGAGUCGAAUGUGCUAUUGAAAGUUUAAGAGCUAAGCAUGAUAUAUACAACGGUGUUAGUGCUGGUUGUGUAACUGGUGCUGGAUUAUCAAUAAAAGCAGGUCCUCAAGCUGCAUUAUUUGGUUGUGCAGGUUUUGCUGCUUUUUCAACUGCAAUUGACUUAUAUAUGAGUAGUGAAAGUGCUGCUCCUCCUGCUAAUGACUACGAUGAAUAA